CCUAUCGUGGUGCCCCGCCCUGUCGCCCCCGCGCCUGCGCUGUGCGCGCUUACUGGUCUCAAGCGCCCCGGCGGGAGGUUUUUCUACAUGAGUGGAGAAGACAGUUGUUGCAAAUAGAAGAGAUAAAACAUUUUUUUUAGGAUGUCUGAAGAUGAAGAAAAAGUGAAAUUACGCCGUCUUGAACCAGCUAUUCAGAAAUUUAUUAAGAUAGUAGUCCCAACUGAUCUGGAAAGGUUAAGAAAGCACCAGAUAAAUAUUGAGAAGUAUCAAAGGUGCAGAAUCUGGGACAAAUUGCAUGAAGAGCAUAUCAAUGCAGGACGUACAGUUCAGCAACUCCGCUCCAAUAUCCGAGAAAUGGAGAAGCUUUGUUUGAAAGUCCGAAAGGAUGACCUAGGACUUCUGAAGAGAAUGAUAGAGCCCAUUAAAGAAGAAGCUUCAGCAGCAACAGCAGAAUUUCUCCAGCUCCAUCUGGAAUCUGUAGAAGAACUUCAAAAACAAUUUGAUGAUAAAGAAGCUUUAUUACAGCCUUCUUUGACCAGAUCCAUGACUGUUGGUGGAGCAUUUCACACUACUGAAGAUGAAACUGAACCUCAGAGUAUGACUCAGAUAUAUGCACUCCCUGAAAUUCCUCAAGAUCAAAAUGCUGCAGAAUCAUGGGAAACCUUAGAAGCGGACUUAAUUGAACUUAGCCAACUGGUCACUGAUUUCUCUCUCCUAGUGAAUUCUCAGCAGGAGAAGAUUGACAGCAUUGAAGACCAUGUCAACAGUGCUGCUGUGAAUGUUGAAGAGGGAACCAAAAACUUGGGGAAGGCUGCAAAAUACAAGCUGGCAGCUCUGCCUGUGGCAGGUGCACUCAUUGGAGGAAUGGUGGGGGGUCCGAUUGGCCUCCUUGCAGGCUUCAAAGUGGCAGGAAUUGCAGCUGCACUUGGUGGUGGGGUGUUGGGCUUCACAGGUGGAAAAUUGAUACAAAGAAAGAAACAGAAAAUGAUGGAGAAGCUCACUUCCAGCUGUCCAGAUCUUCCCAGCCAGACUGACAAAAAAUGCAGUUAAAACCAACCUUCAGUAUUAUUGGUGUCAACAUGUCUAUCCUAAUUGGGACCUUUGCUGCUAUUGGACACUCAGACAGCUUUUGGAACAUGAUUAUAUCAAGAUAGUGGCUACAGAUACUCAAUGGGAUUGAACUGUGAUAAGUGGAUAUAUUUUGUUGUUUGGUGGGGUAUUAAUGGAUAUAUUAGAGAUUGAGGAGCCUGGACUGAAGGUGUAUAAUGUUUAUCAGGUAAAGUUUAAGGUCUGCCAAGGGGUAGAUUUUCUGCCUGGAAAUGUGAAAACAAAACCCAUGCUUUGUUAAGGACUUGUGAUAUAUGGAGAUGUUGGGUUAUGGAAAGAUAGUUUUCAGAAUAGUUUCUUCCGUAACCCUGAUUUGGAAACUCUACGGUAAUAAGCAUAUUGUAAAUAUGCUUUUUUAUCUCCUAAAUAUAGGUUAUUUAAGCAUUUUAGCAAAUAAUGAAUGGAGGUUCAGGAGGCUUUUAUAUCAUAUAGGGAAAUCAGAAUCUAGCAAGGGGCACAAGUGAACUGCAUGGUGGUAUCCAUUUGAUGAGCCCUAUUGCAGUAUGGUCUAAGUAUAUUUUCUGGUGAAGGAAACUAAUAGUGUAAGAAAAUGGAAAGAGAGGCCCAAUUUCUCUUUCAAAUAUCUUAAUUUGUAACACUGGCUUCUUCUCUGAACUUGUUCUUCUCACUCUCUUUAGAUAAAGAACAGAGUUUCAAAGUGGUAGAUUUAUUAAGCCAGUCACUAAGUUUGCUUUGUUAGCCUGUCUCUCUUAACACCUCAAAUAUCUAGUAAGCUCUGCCUUCCUUCUCUUGUAAUUUUGAGAAGUCCUUAGAAUUAUGGGGUGAGUUCUAUCCAUAUAUAAUGCAGACCUCUCUCAUAAUCCUUUUUUUUUUUUUUUUUUAAAUUGUCUGCCAUCUCUAUUCGUCCUCUCCUGUAACUUCUAGGUAAAAAAGAGAGAUGUUGACCUCCAAAUAUUUCCAAUGUUGUUAAGAGACUGAGCUGAAAAAUAGGCUAGGUGGGAACACCAGAUCAUUUCUUGGGGCAUCUUCCAAUUUCACCUGUACUUGCUGCAUGGGGAUUCGCCGAUUCUAAGUCUUUUUAGCUGGCACUUGGAAGAGUAAAGAACCAGCUUUCUACCUCACUUCUUUUACUGUCAUCCUUUCUCCAGGUUCUGAUAUCUCCUGUGCUUUCCAUCACUUUUCACAGCUGCUAUUUCUUCCCAAGAAUGGCAGUCAUGCUUGCCUUUUCUCAUGUUCCAGCUGAUGAUGGACAAAGCAUGGUGCCAAGACUCAGUCCUAGUGGAGGAUUUGUGGUGCUAAUUGCAACACUUGAUAUUGAUAGCAAGCAUGGCCCAGCCCAACCCAAUGUCUCUUUCAAAUAGCAGAAAAUUUCUAAAUUUAGAAAAAAAGAAUUUAAGAUUACAGGCAGCCUCAUCGUGUACCCUCAAUUCCCUUGAAAUAGGAGGAAACCACCUUUUGCCUUACUCUUUUUACUCUUUUCUAAGGACAGAGGAGAAGGCAUCUACACCACAAGAAGUGUGAUCCAAAUGGAUUCAUCAGGCAGUUGAAUGGUUUAUCACUUCUCUCUUGCUGAGUUUACUCUUAAUAACCUUUAUCAGUUGCUACCUUUUACUUCUGUGUUUAAUCUAAAGAGACCUUUCUCUUUCAUACCUUUUGCCUAUCACCGAUGAAUUCCAAUGAGAAAAUGUACCGUUUCUUACUGUUAUUAAAUAAUUGGAAAACAUCAAGUAUUACUACUGCUGGGUUAUGUCUUUAAUAUACUACCAAGAAGGAAAUACUUUGAAUAAGAGUUAGAUUCUGAUCAGGCAUUUGAUAUUGGAAACCCAUAAGGUUGGGAUAAUUACUUGUGAACACCAUCUUUUUCUAUUUUCUGAUCCUUGCUGUCCCUUUUACACAGGGUGAUCAAACCAGAACAAGAAUCUGAAUUGCCCAGGGUGCUAAAUUAAAACAAGAUUCCUAAACUUCA